CAAGGGUACGAGGUCCUGGAGGUUUGUGUCAAAGUGCUCUACCAAGUUGAUCUGACCAGAACCACUCUGGACCACCUAUUUGGGUUCAGCGUGGAGGCGGAGCUAGUGGAGAAUGCAGACCACCAGGAUGAGCUGUGUGUCUACGUAAGCCGAGUAGAGGAAGGAAGUUUGGCUAGUGAACAAGGCUUAAUGAGGAGGGAUGAGAUUAUGGUCAUCAACGGGUCCAUCGUUAGUGACCUGGACAUGAUGUACAUCGAAAGUGUCCUCCAAGAAGAGACGUCACUCUGUAUGAUGAUGAGGUCCACCAGAACGGAACCGCCGGACCUCGCCAGUGUCAUGCGCACUACGGAUGACUACAUUGAAUCACUCGUGUGUCCCCCGCCACCUAGCGACAGUGCUUUGAGUGAAGAGAUGAUUGGAAAGCUUAUCGUUCCUUCUCCACUCUGGGGAUCUCAGGAACGAUCUCCCGAAACUUCAGGUCGACCCACUCCUUCUCCUGUGCCAAACCAAGAGAACGCCUCCUUAUCCACUGAACAAAUAGAGAGCCUCCUGAAGGUGAUCGAAGACUCCUGUAAAAAGACUGCAGAACACGUGACGGAGUACUGCCGAACACCGCUGGAAAGGCGACGCUCGAGCCUAGAGGGCAGCACCGGCAGUAGCAGUUCCUCGAACCUCCCGUUUGGCCACAGUCGACAAAUGCCCGAUGCUGAAAAACUUCGAAAAGUUAUCAUGGAACUUAUCGAAACUGAGAGGACCUACGUUCGGCAUUUGAACAAUCUUCUUGAACAUUAUCUCGAACCUAUGAAGAAAGAGUCGUUUAUUUCAAACGCUGAGAUCACUGCACUGUUUGGAAAUAUACAAGAAAUCGUCCAGUUUCAACGGACGUUUUUACAAAGUCUGGAGGAGGCGAUCUCUGCAGAACCCGAAUUCAAUAAAUUUGAAAAUCCUAGUCAAUUUAAGAAUGUGCUCUUUGCUAUCGGUAACUCUUUUCUUCUCUACGCUGACCAGUUCAAGUUAUACAGUUCAUUCUGUGCCAGUCAUUCUAAAGCUCAGAAAGUUCUCCAUCCAGGAGAAGGGAACACCGCAUUGCUGGAAUUCCUCCAGUCACGAAAUCCGAAAGGACAACACAGCUUCUCUCUAGAGUCCUAUCUUAUCAAGCCUAUCCAACGGAUUUUAAAGUAUCCGCUGCUAUUACAACAACUUAAACAUUUGACAGAUCCUACUUCAGAAGAGCACCGCCACCUGACGGAGGCUUUAAAGGGUAUGGAAAGAGUUGCUGAACACAUCAACGAAAUGUUGACAUGGUAUUCGUGACAGGUCUAAAUGUCUAUAUUUCUUCUUGUAGAGGCUUUAAAGGGUAUGGAAAGAAAUGUGGACCUCAGCCCUGGAGAGCUCCUCUAUUACGGAGGCGUGGAAUGGCUGAAUAUGUCCGAGUUUCUGGGUAAAAUCAAGAAAGGACUGGAAUUACAUGCCAUGUGUUUCGUCUUCAAGACGGCCGUAGUUUUUCUUUGCAAGGAAAGGAUCAGACAGAAGAAAAAGUUGAUGGGAAGCUCUAGCAAGGCAAGUGCUCCUGAGGUAGAAAUUAUCCGUUAUCAAGUGUUGAUCCCUGUGACCGAAGUCCAAGUAAGAGCUAGUGGAAUUAAAGAUGGCGAAUCUCAUUUCCUAUGGGAGCUCAUCCACUUGAAAUCCCAGAUACAAAGACGUUCAGAGAAAGUAUAUCAACUAUCUAACAGCACGUGUGAUUUCCGGAAUGCCUUUCUUCGAACAAUCAGACAGAUAAUUCGAGAAAGUGUUAGAAACAUGACAGUACCAGCCAAUAAACAGGGACCUCGAGAAAAGCCCGCAGUCCCCCGGAAACCCCCCGAUUUGCAAGCCAUGAGCAGGACUCUUAGCAAAAAGGGCGCGAAAACACAUCAGCGCCACUCCGCGAGUGUAGUAAAUAACGAGUAUGAAAUUUACGACAACGUCGACCAGAAUUUUCGAACAAGAAGUAAGACAGUGGCGGACGGCGAAGUUCCUAUCAGCGCCUCCAGGGACCUGUCCGAGUCACGAGGACAAUCUCCAGUGGCUAUAUCCGACAGGUCGGAUAAGUCAGACAAGUCCGAGAAAUCUGAACGAUCUCAGGGACGUAUAAACGGAAAACCCAAUCUUGGGACUACGAAAGGCCUAAGCCUCAGUACCGCUUCUACGCUUUCUAACUCCAGUACAUGUAGUUCUUCAGCGAAACUUAUCAUUUCCAGCAAUCCACCGACAAACUACCAGCCUCCACCAUCUGAACCAGCGGGGUCACCAGUUUGGAAGCCCAGAGAAAACUCCAUUGACAAAUCAGCGACACUUCCGCUGCCUCCCAAAGGAAAGAACGUGGAAAUCAAAGAACAGUAUUUCGUUUAAGACUAGUGUUGGGAUUAAUCCUUCCCCUUUUUGGAUCAUUAGUGCCGAAAUACAAAAACAAAUGUUUCAAUUUGACGAAAGGACUGGUCCCGUGUUUUAACGUAUGGUGGUAAAGAUGAAGCGUAUCAGGUUCCCCAAAACAUAGUUUGAAACAGAAAAUAAAAAUGAGUAGCUCAUAACUUAAGCUACUCACUCAAAUGUUUAUUAACAACUUGGAGACCUAGCCGAGGUAAAAACUUUUUUGUUUCACCCACUUGACUGACGUGGACAGGUUCUUCAUAAUUUCCUCUGGUAGUAAACAACCUAAUAUUAAACAAGUAUUCAUGGUCCCGGUGCUAUCGGAAGGACUUUGGAAACAACAACUUUAGAAACGAAACUCAGACGUGCUUUAGUGAAGAACAGUACACAAAACAGAGCGGUAAAGAGCACGUGCAGACGGACGUGUGUGUUAAAUUUGAGUUUUUCCUAUAAUAUGGCGACUAUCUUCAAAAUCCCACUCAAACCACUGGAGGUGAAAGACUUAAACUGCGGGUUUUUCUUCUUUACCUUGGAUUUUUUUUCUUGCAAUAUAAAAUUUUUCUCUUACAAUCAUCUAAUAUGAUCAUAUAGGCUUCUCGAAAUUUUACGUAGCAGACAUGCAUUGACUUGCGCAUCAAAAUCAAAAUAGUUGGGACAUCGUUAAGCCUACAAAGCUAGAAAAUCGGUGUUUAUAUAAACAAAAAAAAGUGCUCAAAGUUUAAGUAGGUUACCAUAUGACGAAAAUAUUUCCUCACGAGAGAUUAGUCAACUUUACAAUUUCAAUUCAUGCCCCAAAAUUAUUCCUAAAUAAUUCAUUCUAUAAUCUAAAUGUUUCAAAUAAGUAUUAGCAUUAGUGGUAGUUUUGGUUUUUCGUGCAGAAAGUUAAGAAAAUUAACGUUAUUUUGUGAACGGUUAAACAAAAUAGUACAGUGAUUUCCUAACGGAAUUGGAUAUAAUUAUAAACAUUAUAAUGUCGAAAAAAAAAUUUGUCCAAUUCACUGUCAUAAUGAUCGGUAUUUUUAAAAAUCUUAGUUCAAGUGUUAAUAUUUUAUUUAUACUCUGUAACAAAAAUGUCGGUUAUCAAAUAACGUUGCACUGUAUUAAACCAAAGGUAAUUGUUCUCGUGUAUUGUUAAUAUUACACUUUUAAAAGAGAAUCGCUCUCUCAUGGGGAAAUAUGACAAUGAAAGAAACUAAUAAUAACGUUAGUGUUAGGCCUAAAAUGUAGUCGAUCAAUGUAAGGUUGAAAUACUUCUUUAGUGAGAAAAAUCGUGGAGUUUGAAAUACUAAUAUCGGUAUGUUAUGAUAUUGUAGUUUAUAUAAAUAGUUUUUAAAUCUAUUUUCAUUCACUACUACGUUAUUGUAAGUACCGAAAACUGCUUUACUAUGGAAGCUACUGUAUAUGUUUAGGCUUAACAACGAUUCGUGUGUUGUAGCAAAUGUUCGUAUCAUAACUGGUUUUCUUGGGUAGUUAAGAAAGUUUUGAGUUAAAGUAUAGCUUAUUUAUUGUUUUUUUUCCCCGUGGGUUUUCACUUUAAGCGUGGCUUUGUUGUGUCUUAAGAGUUGCGCAUGCUCUGAAUGACGUCUUGCUGAUUAGUUCAGAGAACAGCCACAGUUUGAUUCAAACUGCUACUAUUUCAAGAAUCGUUGGAUAUAGGCUCGGUUUUUUACAACUCGCUCUAAACAGCUCUUGUUAAAGCUUUUUUUUUUUAAGUUUCAUUUUUCCCUUUUCUUCAUUUUCAUACCAAAAUUGUAUUAGUGGUGCAACCAAGUCUAGUAUUUAAAGCCGUAGUCUACGUCACCUGUUCUUUAACUGUCUGUUUAAACUCAAUCCAAAUAUGAAGAACUUUGGUUUUUUAAUAGCUGUUUGUUUCACCGGAUCUCACCGAAGGGCCUGCGUCCACUACUGACCAGUUCUACCAGUAAUGUGCAUCCUCAAAUUGUCAGCGUCACAACCAAGGAACCGCUCUUAAAUUUGACAAACAGGUCAUAUUCGUUCUGCAGGUUCUUUAACAUUUGUAACUACAGUAAUUCACUUAUUGAAUUACCUACUCCGUCGUAUUUCAGGUGUUGGUUUACAGUUUCUGUAACGAGGGUUAGCUAUACCAUGCAGAUACCUAACAGGUGUGUGGCUGGAAUCUGAUUGUACUAUUGUUUCUGCUAGUUUGUUUUACAGAAAUGCUAAUCGAGUAAAGAGCACUUAUAAAACACCGUCAAGCUCCAGUCUUCAACAGCACUGCCGGACGAGGGGGAAAAAAAGAAUGAAUUAAAAUAAAACAUUUCUGAACAAGAAUAUUCUCCACACGCUGAAGACGGGAAAGUAUAAACGAACUUAUUAAUCUUAGUAUUGUACAUAUUAGCACGUGACCUCAAAAAUGCAACGUCUGCAGAUGCUGUUACUAUGACAACGGUCACACGCCUUCAACGGGCGAGUCUAGUAGCCUAGACUUUUAUUCAGUUUGUUGUGGUGGAAGUUUUUGAAGCCGUGUGUUGUUUUAGGGGCUUUGUUUCCAAUAUAUUUAAAGGAAAUUCUGGAAUAUACUAUACAUAUCUGUUUAGCGUAGUCUUUGAUUCAUGACAAUUCCCUUAGCGUUACGUGAAGUUACUCAUAAGAUCCAUUACUUGUUCAGUUAGUGUGGGCUGCACGUUUUAGCAUGAAAGAGUCGGAGUUUCGGGUUCUGAAACGGCCGUUUCUCGUACAUUUAGCAAUAUUUAUUCUUACGAUCAGAUUUUAGAUGUUCGAUGUGUACCGAUGGGCUCAGAACAAGAAUUUUAAACGAUUUUCCUUUGUUAAUCUAUUGAAUUAGGUUUAGCUCGUUCACUAUAGGUGAGUAUCCUAACCCACCCAGCCCGUUUUGAAACCUUACUAAUACUGUACUGAACAGAAAAUAUAUGCAUAACUAUGUAGCAAUACAAAUUAUUAGGUAAAGUUACGAAGGAAUUCUUUGUCCGUCUUUUGAGAGGAAUUAGCAUACGUUAUUUGUAUUUCUGUUAGUUCAAGCAGCAAAGAUCUCCUGACAGCCCAGUACUAAACUCAGUCGUUCUCUUACCUCCUUGAUGAUAUUUAUACACACUUUAGCGCAUGCGCACAGUGGAUGAUUUCUAAAUCAUUGUAAAUGUGUAGAUUAUUAAUCAUGACCCUAAAACUAUUUAUUUCUUGACGUUCUUUAGUCACUUAUGACUAUAUGAACGUGUAUAUUAUUACGAAAUUGUUCUGCACACAAGUAACGAACUCCGCGGGCUUAUAACGCUAAAAAUUGGGGUUCUAUCCUUGCUAUGUACACGGGGCAGAUAGCUCGUUGCGUAGCUUUAUGCUUAAAAACAUAAAACAGACAGCUGCAUUUUUCUCUCUUGGUUUUGUUCUACUGCGAAUUAUGAAUGUUAGAUACACAUCAUGGUUCGCAGAAAGUAGUGAACAAUACACAUUGAAGUUUUGGAGCGGCAUCUGUCGUUGAAAAAAAGUAACGUUCAUUUUAUUGUUAAUGAAAUAAACGGAACUACGAAUAUUAAAUCACGAACACUUUUUUUUUUUUACUUCUUCGAUUGUAAGCCUAAUAAACAGGCCUAAAUUUCUCCGUGAAAAUGAAUGGAAUUAAAAAAAGUGCAGAUAUCUCUCACGUUAUUAAUAAUUAGUUCAAAACCAACCAACCCAAUGAUGUUCUAUUUUUCAUCGACAAAACAAAUGUUCUUUGUGCACGAGGAAUUCUAAUUUAAUUUUCUUUGUAUGCCAUCAUUUUCGUGCAUAUUGUUUAUUGUAUUGUAUUGGUAUGAUUACAAGUUACUGCAGCAAACAUCAAAUUUCAGUUGUUGUUGUUUUUUUUAGGGGGGUUACAGUUUAGUUCUUCAGCUACUAAAUUGGACUUUAAGUCAAAUUUCCCAGUUUGUUAAAGCACUAUUACCAAAAGACAUUUGUAACAGUUUUCCGCGAAACGCUUGGAUUGUGACAUUUCUUUAACAUCCACUAUCACGUUUUCAUAAAAUAUCUCAAAAAAAAAAAGUAUGCCGAGAAAAUAGCGGAAUUUUUCUAUAGAAUUCAAAUUUAAAUUUUUUAAAUGCUUUCCAACUUCCCAGGUAUCAUUGUGGUGCCAUCUAGUGACUAUAUUAAGAUAUAAUAUCUUAUUGCUCAAGCCAAUUACAGUAAGCACGUGAUUAACACAUUGAAAGUAAGUAUUGGGCCAACCCAUACAUGCCUUAUAGGUUUUACGUUUUAUAAUGGCAUGAUUAAUGUAAAUAUUUACAUUUAAUCCUCCUAUUAUCAAGGUAUCAAACAAAUGUGUAAUGACAAACAUGUUUUAUUGAACGUUUAACUAAUAUAUCUGUGAUGUGAGGGGGUCAAAAAAAAGUCUCAUAAUAAUUAAAACUGUUAUAAAUAAGCCAAUGGACAAAAAACGUACUCACACUAACAAAAUGUGUGGCCUGAUAUAUAACGUACCCUUGUUCAAAAUCAAGGGUUAAGUAGCUUCUUAUUUUUUUUUCAAUUACUAAAAACAUAUACUGCUUAACUAUUGGACAAAGGCAGUGAGUAUGCGUAACGCCAUGUCUCCAGACAUCGUUAUCAGAGUUUACCCAAUCUCCAGACAUCGUUGUUAGAUGAUAUCUAGCCUCCAACCAUCAUUGUUGGAGGAUACCAAAUAUCCAGACAACAGGUGCCAGAGGAAACCGAGUCUCCAAACUUCGUUGUUAGAGAAUUAAAGGGGUUUUUUCAUUGUGUGGCAUCUGCCCCCGCCCUUUAAAACAACGUCAAAUGAAGCUUUGGUUCAUGACCUCCAGCCAUAAUGCAACCAUUAUAGUCUUCUUGAUACAAGACUUUUAAAAAAAAAUGACCGAAAUAAGUCUAGCACUAAUAUUCGUGAAACCUGUAAGUAAUGUUUCGUCACUAAAUUCUGCCAGUACAGAUCAGAUUCAAUAGAAAAGCAACCCCGAUCUAGAAAAAGCAGAAGAGAAACUAUAUUUCUUUAACCAAGUCCAGCAUACUGUUAAGAUACAUCUGCAUCAGCUGGGGACCAUUUUUAAUUAACAUGUUUCCAAGUUUUAAAAAAAACGAAGCGGAAACUCGUAUCUUCCAUCAUUAACACACCUUUUUUUUUUUAUUAUUAAAAAGUUACAGGUAACAAUUAUCCAAACUACUUUGGGUUUUUCCGUUUUGACCCUGUAACAUUUUUAUUUAAUUAUAAUUAACGUUCACUAAUCAUUGUAUUAGCGACAGUUUUGUGGGCCAUUCUUUGUUCGAUAUUGACCAAUGUUAUAGGGGGGACGUGCCCCCAAUUUUGCCCCCCGUAGCAAAGUGCCCCUUUCAGUGUGGAAUAGACUUGUGAAAAUCGCAUUUUCAACUUUGAAUUCAACGGCCACGAUUAACAUAAAUACGGUGCCCCCCCCCCCAAUUAUGAAAACUUUUUUAAACGGGUCAUUAAGAGAA